CACCCUUAUGAAAAAGUACUUUCUCAACAAAAUGUCCACCGGCAAGCGUCUGGCGAAGCGCUCGAUCGUGGGUACGCGCGUCUGUGCGCCCGGUACCGAUGGGAUCUGGUACUCGGGCAAAAUCGAGUUCGUCAAAACGGCCUCGGACCAGCAGAAGGAACCGGGCCGCACCGGGGGCAACAUCCUGCCCGGGCUAACGACGCCCGCCCGCUACACGGUUGCGUUCGACAACAUGAAGGACGUGGCGCGGCUUGGGCUGGCCCGCGAGUUUCGCGAAACCGAGCUGAUCGGGCGCGGCUUUCGCCGGAUGGAGGACGUGAAGCUGAAGCCGGGCCAGAAGGUCUUCCUCACGUACAAUGGACGGGAGAAUACGGGCGAGGUGAUCGCCCAUGACGAUCUGAAGGACGAGGUGAAGGUGCGCAUUGCUGGUGCGACGAAUGGUGCUACGCAAGAGGCUCCGAUUGAGCUUACCAAGCGCUUGGAAGAAAUUCGACUGCUCGAAUCGCGCCGCUCUCAGCGCCUGGCCGUCCAGGAGAAGGAUACGGACUUUGCCCGGCUGGCGGAUAUGGCCGGCGAUCGUCGACGACAAUCAAACAGCAUCGAUGUGCCAUUCUCACUGACGCAACAGAACGGAUCUCGCAAACGGCGACCCUCGUACUCACAGGACGAUCGAGAGUACUACAGUAUGAACGACGACGACCCAAUGGACGAAUGCAACGCCGCGCUGGUACUUAUGAGCCUGUCCUGUUCACCGAACUCAUCCGUACACGGUUAUGAAACAAUUCUUGGCACCAGUUCGGGCAGCAGCACCACCUCCUGGAGCACCGGAUCGACUUCGCCGCCGCUGAGCGAGGAUGGACAUUCCACACCACCGACGCACCACUACCAGCACGAGCUGACUCAUCACCAUCAUCAUCACAAUGGCCGUUACCAGGCAGCGAGCGGUACGGGGCGCGGGGCACGCACCACGUCCCUCUCGACUUCGGACGAAGGCAUCGGUAUGGAGGACAUGCCAAGAAAGCGUCGGGUCAGUCAGCGAAUUUUUAAAUGCACCUGGAAAGGUUGUGGCGUCAUCUAUACUACAUGUCCCGAAAUCACUCAACACGUUAGGAACGCACAUCUUGGCCCUCGUAAGCCGAACGAGUACAGCGACGAGGAGGAUUUCUUCUUCACCGAAACCGAGGAUGAGAGCGACGAGAGCGCGCCGAAUCCACCCUCGCCACCGACGCUGAGCCAUCGCGACAUGGCACGACCCCCGCACGAGGAUCCCGAAUAUCAGCGCCAGAUCGUUGGCACCUACCGGCAGGGAUUGCUUUCGCAAUCGCAAGCCCUCCAGCAGCAGGCCCAGGCCCAGCAACAGCAGCAACAUCAAGCCCAACAGCAGCAGAUCGCCUCAAUCAAGCCACCGUUACCGGCCGGGGCGGCCCUCAGCGGCAGCAGCAAUGGCACCUCGUCCAGCAAUGGCGCCGGUUCGAAUGGUAACAGCAGCAACAGCAACGGUAGCACCAGCAGCAGUAAUGGUGCCGUUAACCCACACAGCAGCGUUUCCCCGCUGAUCCAUCACAACUACACCUGGUCCCAGGUGAGCCCGACAUCACCACAGAAACACGUGCGACUAUCGCCCCGUCCGUCGGCGUCGUAUCCGUAUCCAUCGCCGAACUACCAGCACCACUACCAGGCGCAGGCCGCCCAACAGCAGCAGCAACACCACCAGCAACAGCUCGGCCACAUCCAGCUGUCACCGGGUGGUGCGAGCAGUGCCAACAACGGAACUGCCGCCUACCAUCAGCUGCUGGCCGGUGCGGCGAGUGCAUCGGGUGCAAUCGCGCUCGGUUCGUACAGCAGUAGCCCGAGCUCGAGCGGUGGCGGUAGCAGCGUUGGGAGUGCCGGCAGCGGCCAACACCGUUCACCGGUGUCACCGAACCGGAGGACACGGGGCGAGAACAAGAAGUGCCGCAAGGUGUACGGCAUGGAUCACAAGGAUCAGUGGUGCACCCAGUGCAAGUGGAAGAAGGCUUGCAGUCGAUUUGGCGACUGAUCCAAGCCGUCCGCCGGCAACCGCAAAGCAGCAGCAGCAGCAGCAACAUCAAGCGCCAAGUUGCCACCACCGGCAGUCGGUCCGCCAGGUGGAGGAGCACCGGGAAUCGCCGCCCCCUCUACUUCGCCAUCGUCCUCACAGUCGCUGUGGAUAUCGUCGUCAUCGUCGUCAUCGUCGUCGUCAUCCUCUUCCUCCUCGUCCUCAACAUCCUGCCUGCCGCCUCCACCGCUGCCAUCGUCUUCGUCGACGGUGGCGAUGGUCAAGCAGGUGAUCCAGUUGCAGCCGCAGCAUCUUCAACUGCAGCCGACAGCGCCAUCGUCGCCGCUGCUCCUACACAACCAGCACAGCCAGCAGCAACAGCAGCCACAACCGCACCGUUUCAGUGUGCAGUACGCACAACCGCAGCAACCUCGUCCACGUGCUCCGGGCAUGGUGGUUUGAUGUGACGCAGCCAACCAACUGUAGUAC